AUGCACACUUUCUCUAAGCUCUCGAGUACUAUUCCUUCAUCGUCGUCCUCACCCAAGCAUAAUGUCGGCAAGAAGAACCCUUUGCAUCAACGGCCGAUUAUUCCCUUUGGGAGAAAUGAUCGAAUUCUGUUAGUUGGAGAAGGUGACUUCUCUUUUGCCCGCUCUUUAGUUGACCAACAUUGCUGCAAGAAUGUCUUGGCUACAAGCUACGAUUCUAGGGAAGUAUUAUACAGCAAGUAUCCCCAAGCCGAACAUAAUGUUCGCGAAAUCCUCAGUGGCGCCUCCAAUAGGAAAGACCAUAGUCCGGACUCAAGUAUCGUCACCGAACUAAGGAGCCAAAUCCAAUGUCAAAAUCAGGAAUACUAUCGCGACAAUGAUUAUGAGAGACACAGGGAAGGAGAAAAGAAAGGGCUAGAUCAAGACAAACCAAGGCAACGUCGCCGGCCCAACGUCCUUUUUUCAGUCGACGCUCGAAAACUUGGCCACGCUUCUGGGGGGGGGAAAGACGUACGCUUCGGACUCCCUCGCCGGGAACGUAAAUGCCCUGCAUGGCAGGAGGCCAAGAAGAGCAGCGGCACUUCAAUCCUCCCCUCAACCAAAGGUGGACCAUGGGACAUUAUUUGCUUCAAUUUUCCCCAUGUUGGAGGCUUGUCUACCAAUGUAAAUCGGCAAGUUCGUGCCAACCAGGAACUUCUGGUUUCCUUCUUCAAAGCUUGCGUGCCGCUGCUGUCGUCUCGUCCCGAAAUGAGUGACAAUGUAAACGAGGAAGGGUGGGACUUCAGUACCGAAAGUGGAUCUGACUUAGAUGAGGAGGAUAACGCUGGUAUGCUGGGCUCGCGAAAUGACAUGGCGCAAGAGAACAGAAUUCGGAACGAACCUGGGCAGAUCAUAGUCACACUAUUCGAAAGAGAGCCCUACACCCUUUGGAACAUCAAGGAUCUUGCGCGCCAUGCUGGUCUAAGGGUUGUUACUAGCUUUAGGUUUCCGUGGGCAUCCUACAGAGGGUACUCUCAUGCUCGGACCUUGGGCGAAAUUGAAGCGAAAAACGGAGGAAGGGGUGGUUGGAGAGGGGAAGAUAGGGAGGCUAGAAUGUACGUGUUUGAGCUAAAGGAAGAGCGCAUAGUGCCUACGAUGGAUAUCCAAUCCUCCAAGAGGGAUAAAACUUCGAGGAAUAAAAGAUCAAGAGCAUUGACUAGUGAUGAUAGUGACUGA